CCUGGACAAAUGUGACUUCACGGAGAUCCACAGGCACUUCGUAGACAAAGCUGCAGCAUGGCGAGCCCUCCCCAGGGAGGAGAAGCAGGGACUCACAGAUCCCCGAGCCCCCAGCAGGUCAUCAGUGGAAAGAAGUGCGCUCGGAUAACACAGUCACAUGGCUGGCCGCAUGGACAGAGAAUGUCCAGAAUUCCAUCAAGUACAUCAUGCUGAACCCCAGCUCCAAGAUAAAGGGAGAAAAAGAUUGGCAAAAGUACGAGGUAGCUCGGCGCCUUAAGCGGGUUGUGGAGGAGAUCCGCUCUCAGUAUCGGACCGACUGGAAGUCUCCGGAAAUGAAGAAAAGACAGCGGGGUGUGGCCCUUUAUUUCAUUGAUAAGUUGGCACUGCGAACUGGAAAUGAGAAGGAGGAAGGUAGAACAGCUGAUACAGUGGGCUGCUGCUCUCUCCGCAUGGAGCACGUCCGACUACACAUGUACGCUAAUGGCCACAAGCACGUGGUGGAGCUGGACUUCCUGGGAAAGGACUCCAUCCGCUACUAUAACUGGGUGCCAGUGGAGAAGGCUGUGUUCCAGAACUUGCAGAUAUUCAUGGAGAACAAGGACCCUGGGGAAGACCUCUUUGAUAAACUGACCACUUCCAGCCUGAACAAGCACCUGCAGGACUUGAUGGAUGGGCUGACAGCCAAGGUGUUCCGUACCUACAACGCUUCUAUUGUCCUUCAAGAGCAGCUGCGGGUGCUGACGAGAGCUGAAGACAGUAUAGCUGCCAAGAUCCUAGCUUACAAUCGGGCGAACCGGGCAGUGGCCAUCCUCUGCAACCAUCAGCGAGCGACUCCCAAGACCUUUGAGAAGUCAAUGCGGAAUCUGCAGACAAAGAUCCAAGCAAAGAAGACCCAGAUAGCUGAGGCCCAGGGGGAGCUAAGGAAGGCCGAAGGUGACUACAGGAUCAAAGGGGAUGGCAAGUCCAAAAGCAUCCUGGAAAAGAAGCAGAGGCUGCUGCAGAAGCUGGAGGAGCAGCUGGUUCACUUGAGUACCAAGGCCACAGAUAAAGAGGAGAACCAGCAGGUAGCCUUGGGCACAUCUAAGCUCAGCUACCUGGACCCCAGGAUCAGCAUUGCCUGGAGGUGGGAGCUGAGGCGGAAAGCGUGCCGCACUGCGCACAGCGGAAGGGCUUCUCCGCCGUGUGAAUGCGCAGGUGCCGGCAGAAUCCGGCCAGUGCGGGCAGGAGCGACCACACGGGCUGCAUUCGUAGGGCCUCUCUUCUGUGUGGAUGCGUCAGUGCUCACGGAGGAAAGAGCUCCGGCCAAAGGUGCCGCCACAAUCCCGGCAGGCGAAGGGCCGCUCACCCGGUGUGCACACGCUGGUGCUGCCGGAGGUUGCGCUCUGACUGAAGGCCUGGCCGCACUGCUGGCAUUCGAAUGGGUUCUCUGCAUGGUGCGUUCUGCGGUGCCGUGUGACGUUGGAGUUGUGGACAAAGGUCCUGCCGUAGUCGCUGCACGCGUAUGGUCACUUGCUAAACUCGGAGGCUUUAGCACACGCAGUGCAUUCGUAGGGCCUUUCGCCUGUGUGAAGUCGCUGGUGCCAGAUCAGAUUGAAGCUGUGGCCGAAGGCCUUGCCACAUUCCUGGCACGCAUAGGGUCGCUCCCCUCUGUGACACCUCUGGUGCAGGACCACGUGGCACUGUGGAUGAAGGCUUUCCCACGGUCACUGCACUGAGCCGGCUCUGCCCAGAGUGCGUGCUCUGGGGCUUCACUGCAUCCAACGAGUACACAAAGCCCUGCUCACAGGUGUCACACAGCUAAGGCUGUCCUUGGGCCGGGGCCACCUUCCCAGCUACUUUUGUCCUGGGUGCAUGGCACCCAUCUCCAUUCUGCCCUUCAGGUACUUCGAAAAUGUCCCUUCCUUGGGGCUGCUCCCUGGGCCUCUCUGGCUUCCCUUGGGCCCCUGGGAGGCACCUGCAGUGGUUCUGGCUCAGCCUCUCCACUGUAUCCUCCUGCUGGUGUGUUCUGCUCAGGGCUCUGCUCUGCCUGCUCAGCAGCUGGUGUGGUACACGCAGCAGCCGGCCUGCUCUGUGUAUCUGCUGGAAAGAGAUGUUAGACAUGUUUGGCUUUAGACACCAGAAAGCCAUCACAUGAUGCAAUGCUACAAGUGAAUCGGCUAAGCAAUGGUCAUGGUAGAAGGGUAAGAAUAAAGUCACUCCCAGUGGAUGCUUAUUGUUUUGUUUGUCUGGUUCCUGUUCUGCUUCCCACCUCACUUCU